AUGAGCCAUUCUGCUGACGAUGAUUUGCAGAAAAUCAUUCAAGUGGAUAACAGCGCUGUAUCAAACAAUGUUGUCAGUGGUCAUUCUCAUCCUUCUCCCGAGAAUACCAAAAUUUUAAUUGAUUCUAACAAUCAGGACAAAAUUGACAAUCAUUUACAAUUAUUGGAUUCAAUAAUAGUCAGUCAUGACAACAACAACCAAAUUCCAAAUCAACCAGCACCAACUCAAUCCGAAAUGGAAACGAAAAAACGAUUGGAAUUUAUUCAAAGAAACAAACGUAAUCACUAUUCCAUGCUCGGAAAACAAUUAAUGGAACGUUUAGUGGAUGAGAAUGAAUUUCUCUACCAAAUCAUGAAUGUGUUGAAAAUCUCACAAGAAAUGAAACAACUCUCCAAUAAUUGGAAGAAUUCUUAUCAUUCGCUCAUGAACCAAGAAUUUAAUUGGAAUUUCAAUGAUCUAAAUAAUUCGAAUCAUUUGAACAAUAAUAAUACCAAUAACAUGAAUAAUAAUAUUACUGACAUCAACACCAAUAACAACAAUAAUAAUACCAAUGACAUAAAUAACAAUCAUACUUUUGAAAAUUUGUUCGAAACUACCACUAUGGACACACCACAACACUCCAAAGAACCUUUUUUAAACAUUUACAUUGGAAUUUCAAAAUUGGAUUAUCCAUGUAAGAAAAUUCUCACUCAAACAUUAUUUAGAAAUAAUCUUAUUGGAGUGAAUCAUCCAUUCAUCAUCAUUGGAUGUUUCAAAAUCGAAUGGAAUGAUUCCUCACUUGUCAAAAUCAAGUACGACCUAUUUAAGGCGCGGAAUGCCAUGAUGGUUUACAAAUUUCAUGUCAUUCGUGGAACACUUCAAGUGCAACAAGCGUUGAAAACGAUCGCAAGAGUGUGUACGUUUUGGAAUGCCUACAAGAAAUUUUCUCAAUUAUGUUGUAAUUGUCAUCAUUUCAUUUGUUAUUUAUUGAGAGAGUUGAAUAUAGAAUCUCCAUUCGACAGGAACGUGAAUGAUGAACAUCAUUUCAAUUCUGAUAAUUCUGAUAUUCAAACAGAGGAGAAAGAGGAGCAACAGAAAAUCCCUAUCAAACACUCCUCCCUCUUGUACAUGCUUUCAAAAUUGAGAUUGGCCCAAGAAGAACGAUACAUUUUAUGGAACAAGUGCUCAGAAUUGGAGAAAUCUCAAGACAAACCCAACAAGUAUCUUCAACAUGAUUUGAUGGAAUGUCCAGAUCUAUGGUUGCAUCAUGGAAUUCAAUGGAAUGAAAAGGAGUUUAUUGUGAAUGGAGGUGAGAAACAACUUGUUGCCUUUCGUCACUUUUUGAUUGAACAUUUUCAGCAACAAGUUGAACAACGACAAGUGAAAGAAACGAAUCAUGAUGCAAUGAAUCAUUUUAAAGAUGAGAGAAAGCAAUCAUCAUCAUCACCAAGAAUGAACAAUUCAUUCCAAAAGAUGUAUCAGGAAGCAUUCACAUGUAUUGAUAGUUAUUUGAAUGGAUAUCGAUUGAGAAAUCAAACAGUUCGAAUGUUGGAUUAUUCACAAUUAUCACCACUACUGGUAAAUUCAAUUAACAUUGGAACAUGGCCAUUCUCAUCAUCAUCCUCCAUUCACAAUCUAGAAUUGGAAUAUCCUUUAUUGAAUGCCUAUUGGGAGUCCUCAAUGUUUGAAGUGGAAAACGAGUUGAAUGAGAUACCAUGA